AUGCCAAGGUCUUCUCGUACAGGUGAAUUGGUAUACGACCCCGAAAUCGAAAAGACCGCACGAAGACUUCGUCAGGAGACCAAGCAACAAUUGGAAGGAACAUCCGCUCCAUACGAAGACAAAGAAGACCCAACUUUUGAGUUUGAGGAAUCUCUAAGCGAAUUCGAAGAAGAGACAAUGGCUUUGAUCCCUGAAAGAUCGAUCGAUGACAUGACGUCGCCCGAUCUAAACCAGCAGCCACUGUGCAUUGAAUACCCCGAUCUAGAGGUAGAUUUUGAACUGAAAUCUGGAUUAAUUCAUUUACUUCCUACCUUCCGUGGUCUCGCAGGUGAAGAUCCACAUAAGCAUCUGAAGGAAUUCCAUGUGGUGUGUUCCGGAAUGCGACCACAAGGCAUAAGCGAGGAACAAGUCAAAUUGAGAGCGUUCCCCUUCUCUCUCGCCGAUCAAGCGAAAGAUUGGUUGUAUCUCCUACCUUCAGGAUCCAUUACAAGAUGGAACGAUCUCAAAAAGCAGUUCCUUGAGAAAUACUUCCCUGCCUCAAGAGCCACAACAAUCCGAAAGGAGAUCAGUGGAAUUCGACAAUACGCGGGGGAAAGUCUUUUCGAAUAUUGGGAAAGAUUCAAUCGACUAGUGGAAAGUUUCCCCCAUCAUCAAAUCCCAAACCACCUGUUGAUCCAGUAUUUCUAUGAAGGCCUAUCAAAUAUGGAUAGAAAACUGAUAGAUGCGGCAAGUGGCGGAGCAUUGUUCGACAAAACCCCCACCGAGGCGCGUAAACUAAUCUCGACUAUGGCGUCCAACACGCAACAAUUUGGGGUUAGACAUGAUGAUCCACCUAGGAAGAGCCACGUGAGCAUUCAAAAUCUAGAAUCUCAAAUCAGUCAACUGGCGUCGUCUGUUAGUAAGCUCGAGUCCCAAGGUAAGCUACCUUCUCAAUCUGUUAUUAACCCUAGACAAAACGCUAGUGCUAUUACGCUUCGUAGUGGAAAAGAACUGCAGGAACAUGUGAAGGAAGACAACACAAAACGUGGGCAUGAUGCGAAAACAAAGCCGGAAAAAGAAAUUGAGGUCCAACAAGAACAAACCGAACACGAAGUAGAUCAUCCAAAGCCUUUGGUGACUAGACCACCCUUCCCAGAGAGAUUCACCAAAGCAAAGAAGAAAGAGGAAGAAAAAGAGAUUUUUGAGACAUUCCGCAAAGUAGAGGUAAACAUCCCUUUACUCGAUGCCAUCAAGCAAAUACCCCGAUACGCGAAAUUUCUCAAAGAAUUGUGCACUAGCAAGGGAAAACUCAAGGGAAAUGAAUGGGUAAGCGUGGGAGAGAACGUCUCUGCAAUUCUCCAACGAAAAUUACCCCCAAAAUGUAAGGACCUAGGUACGUUCUCCAUACCAUGUAAAAUUGGCAUGAUUGGAAUAAAGAAGGCUAUGUGCGAUCUUGGAGCAUCUAUAAAUGUUAUGCCUCUAACCAUUUUUGAGUCUUUGAAAGUCAGUCGUUUAAAAGAAACGGGGGUAGUUAUCCAACUUGCAGACCGAUCUGUAGUCUACCCGGAAGGAGUCUUGGAGGAUGUUCUCGUACAGGUAAAUGAAUUAGUAUUUCCUGCCGAUUUCUACGUAUUGGAUAUGAGGGAAGACAACUCCCCCAAUUCCACAUCAAUCCUGCUAGGAAGACCAUUCCUCAAGACGGCUAGAACAAAAAUCGAUGUGCACAGUGGAAGUCUCACUAUGGAAUUCGAUGGUGAAAUCAUAAGAUUCAACAUCUAUGAAUCCAUGAGGUAUCCAACUGACUUACCUACCGCUCUACUUGUAGAUAUUUUUGACCCCUUCGUGCAGGAUUCCAUAGCAAUAAGCAGCGAGGACCAUGUGAAAUAUGCAUUAGAAGAAAGCCUCACCAAGCUCACUGAUCUUGAGGAGGAAAAACUUAUCCAGGUGCUUUGCGAAUUUCGAGAAGCCAUUGGAUGGACUAUUGCCGACAUUAAAGGUUUAAGCCCUUCGACUUGCAUGCAUAGAAUACUCCUAGAGGAAGGCACAAAACCUUCAAGGGAAGCACAACGCCGGUUGAACCCUUUGAUGAUGGAGGUAGUAAAGAAAGAAAUUUUUAAACUUCUCGAUGCAGGUAUGAUCUUUCCAAUUUCUGACAGCGAAUGGGUAAGUCCAACUCAAGUAGUACCUAAGAAAACAGGUAUUACUGUAGUCGAAAAUUCUGUUGGAAAUUUAGUACCCACACGACAUAUCAUGUCUUCUAGGGGGAUAGAAGUAGAUAAGUCUAAAAUAGACGUCAUAAAAUCUUUACCUUACCCCGCUAGCGUGCGGGAGAUUCGUUCUUUUCUUGGACAUGCAGGAUUCUAUCGACGGUUUAUAAAAGAUUUUUCGAAAAUCGCCCAACCACUGUGUGCGCUGCUGCAAAAAGACGUCACUUUCACAUUUGAUGAAGCAUGCAUGAAGGCCUUUGACAAGUUAAAGGAUUCCCUAACAUCAGCACCGGUGAUUCGUCCACCUGAUUGGAAUCAUCCUUUUGAGAUAAUGUGUGACGCUAGUAAUCACGCCAUCGGGGCUGUCCUAGGCCAAAAGAUUGGAAAAGAUCCCCACGUGAUAUACUACGCAUCACGGAUGUUGGAUAGCGCUCAAAGCAAUUACACGACAACGGAAAAAGAACUUUUGGCUAUUGUUUUUGCUUUAGAAAAAUUUCGCCACUAUUUACUUGGAACUAAAGUUGUUGUGUAUUCUAAUCAUGCAGCGUUGAGAUACCUGUUGUCAAAGAAAGAGGCAAAACCACGAUUGAUAAGAUGGAUACUGCUGCUGCAAGAAUUCAAUCUAACGAUCAAAGACAAGAAAGGGGCGGAGAACCUCGUAGCUGACCAUCUUAGCCGAUUGGUCACCAACGAAAACCCACCACCUCUGAACGACGAGUUCCCGGACGAACAUCUCCACACCAUUCAAGGAGUCACCCCAUGGUACGCUGAUAUUGUUAAUUUCUUAGUCAUUGGUGUCUUACCACGAGAUUUAACUAGAGCACAAAAGGAUAAAAUCAAAAGUGACGCCAAACAUUAUGUGUGGGACGAACCUUACUUGUGGAAAUUUUGCUCGGAUCAAAUCAUUCGAAGGUGCGUUCCUGAAACUGAAAUCCCCUCUAUUCUUGAGUUUUGCCAUUCAUAUGCAUGUGGAGGCCAUUUUGGACCAAAAAGAACAGCACGAAAAGUACUAGAAUGCGGCUUGUUUUGGCCAAAUAUGUUUAAGGAUGCAUAUCUAUUUUGUAAAUCUUGUGAAAAUUGCCAAAAAGUAGGAUCUUGUGAAAAUUGUCAAAAAGUAGGUAAUCUUGGCCAUCGUAAUCAAAUGCCCCUUUCCCCAAUACUUGUGUGCGAAGUAUUUGAUGUGUGGGGGAUCGACUAUAUGGGCCCCUUCCCAUCAUCUUUUGGCAAAACUUACAUCAUUUUAGGAGUAGAUUAUGUGUCUAAAUGGGUAGAGGCAAAGGCCACUCGUGUCGAUGAUGCUAAAACUGUUGUGGAAUUUGUCAAGGCUAACAUUUUCUCUAGGUUUGGUAUGCCAAGAGCAAUUAUAAGCGACCGAGGGACACACUUCUGCAACAAGGUAGUCGAUGCAUUGUUUAAGAAAUACAACAUCACGCAUCGAAUCUCGACCGCCUACCAUCCCCAAACGAAUGGUCAAGCGGAAGUCUCCAAUCGAGAGAUCAAGUCCAUACUCGAGAAAACGGUGAAUCCUAACCGAAAGGAUUGGAGUACACGCUAUGAUGCAUUUUGGGCUUAUCAUACGGCAUACAAAACACCCAUAGGUAUGUCCCCUUAUCGUUUGGUUUAUGGUAAAUCUUGUCACCUCCCUGUCGAACUUGAGCAUAGGGCGUAUUGGGCGAUCAAGCAAUUCAACUCGUCAAUAGAUGAAGCGGGAGGGCAAAGGAAGUUGCAAAUACAAGAGCUCGAAGAAUUACGGAAUGAUGCUUAUGAGAAUUCAAAAAUCUACAAGGAAAGAGCAAAAGCAUUCCAUGAUCGCACCAUAUCUCGGAAAGAGUUCGUUGUCGGACAAAAAGUUCUCCUCUUUCAUUCUAAACUCAAGUUAUUUCCUGGUAAGUUGCGUUCUCGUUGGAUUGGACCUUUUAUUGUUACUAAUAUUUUUCCUCAUGGUGCAGUCGAAAUCAAGAGCCCCACGACUCAAAAGGUAUUCAAGGUGAAUGGACAUCGGCUCAAACCUUUCUACGAGGGAUUUCAAACAUCAACAGUCGAAAAAAUUCAACUUGUGGAUCCCGCAAUCACCUAA